ACUGGUUCGUCGCCAAAGUUCACCAUCAAAAUUAAUGCUUGAUUCAUUCCUAAGUCUUCUACUAUAUAUUAUAUAAACAACCCUCUUUACCCACUCCUCCUUUCUCUCUUCGCCGCGCCUCCGCGUAGCUUGGCUGCUUGGCCAAAAGGUCUGAUCUUGUCGGGCCUAAACCCUAGUCGAGUGGCGCGCAAGGGAUCGCAGGAUCGCAUUCAAAGGUGUUGCCUUUUGGAAAACUAGAAGAAAAAUCUCUUGGAUAGAUCCAAACGUGCUGGGAAACAUCGCUUUCCCUUGAGAAAACAGUCUGAGAAUUCCUUUGGAGAUCGGGAUUGAUGGAUUUGGGAUUGGAAUCGCAGAAGAAGAAGAAGAAGGAUUUGUGGGUUGUGGAAGAUGAUUGCGAGGUGGUGAUGAUGGGGUUGCCUAACGCUCUUGAGGUUGCUGAUAAGAAUGGAGCUAUGGAGUUCCGUGUCCGACUCCCUAACGUCGGUGAAGCGAUGAAGAAUGCUUUGAGAUGCAGAGAAGUUGGAGAAUUUAUUAGUGGUGCCUUAGCUGGUGCGAUGGCCAAAGCUGUUCUUGCUCCUCUCGAGACAAUCAGGACGCGAAUGGUUGUUGGAGUUGGAUCUAAACAAAUUGUGGGAAGCUUUGUUGAGGUUAUUGAACAGCAAGGUUGGCAAGGUCUGUGGGCUGGAAACACCAUCAACAUGCUCCGUAUAAUACCUACCCAAGCAAUAGAGUUUGGUACUUUUGAGUUUGUAAAACGGGAAAUGACAGCAGCACAAGAGAAAUGCAAAAAAGAAGGUUGCCCUAUGUUGCAGAUUGGUCAUAUCAAUAUUGAUCUCUCCUUUCCAUGGAUCUCCCCGGUUGCUGUUGGUGGUGCCGCUGCGGGCAUUGUGAGCACUCUCGUGUGUCAUCCUCUUGAAGUUAUCAAGGAUCGCUUGACUGUGAAUCGAGAUCUUUACCCCAGUAUCAGCCUUGCCUUCCGCAAAAUCUACAAGGAUGAUGGGAUCGGUGGCUUUUAUGCUGGCAUUUCACCAACUCUCAUCGGCAUGCUUCCAUACAGCACAUGCUAUUAUUUCAUGUAUGAAACAAUCAAGAAAUCUUAUUGUCAGGCGAAGAACAAGAAAUCAUUGAACCGUGCGGAGCUUCUAAUUGUCGGGGCUCUAUCAGGUCUGACUGCAAGCACAAUUAGUUUUCCAUUGGAAGUGGCAAGGAAGAGGCUGAUGGUCGGGGCCCUGCAAGGGAAAUGCCCGGCCCACAUGGCCGGGGCUCUGGCGGAGGUCAUCCGCGAGGAUGGCCUGCUCGGCCUCUACAGAGGCUGGGGCGCUAGCUGUUUGAAGGUCAUGCCAACAUCCGGUAUUACAUGGAUGUUCUACGAGGCAUGGAAGGAAGUUUUGAUCGGCAAUAAACCAUAUUUAUAGGUUUCAGGAGGGAGAUUAGAACUAUUGAAGGAGUAGACAAAGGCUCCAUCAUCCUCAGCUGACAGGAAAAUUUUAUGAGUUCAGCGAGAUGAUAAUUUAGUUUUGAUCUAACAAGGCAUCUUUCUUUUUGAGAGGGAAAAAAAAGAUUGAAAUAAGUGAUUUGAAUUCUUGACAGAGUGUUUAUGAAUGCUGUUGUUUUCAUCAUUUUAUUCUUCAAAAUGUGAGCAGACCUUGAGUA